AGAUAUUCCCCUAUCAAGAAAGCAGCAUUAGCACUGGUUAGCGCAGCGCAAAAACUACGCCCGUACUUCCAGGCGCACCGAAUCACAGUCCUAACCAACCUCCCGUUAAAAAAGAUCCUAACUUCAAUGGAGGUAUCGGGGCGAAUGGUAAAGUGGGCCGUCGAACUGUCAGAGUACGACAUCCAGUACGCUCCGCGUCCAGCAAUAAAGGCGCAAAUCCUGGCAGAUUUUAUCGCUGAGGGAGUAACCCUGGAAACAGCUCCGGAAGGGGUGUGGGAAGUUUACGUAGACGGCGCGGCGAGCAAGCACGACGACGGCGCGGGGGUAGUCGUGCGCACGCCCACAGGUGUUGUGCACGAAAUAGCAAUCCGAUUCAGAGCCCUGAAGACAAAUAACACCGCCGAGUAUGAGGCCAUCUUGGCGGGAAUGGCGGCUGCCAAUUACUUGGGCGCUAGAACAAUCAGAGUACUCUCUGACUCAUCGCUAGCUGUCAACCAACUGAAUGGAGCAUUCGAUGCCAAAGAAGAUGCACUCGCGCAUUACAUGGAACGCGUCAAGCAGCGUGCAACCGCCUUCGAGGCGGUGACAUACGUGCAGAUCCCAAGCGAAGAAAACAUGCACGCCGACGCGCUAUCCAAACUGGCAACAGCAACAAACUUCGAGUCUACACGCCUGGUGACAGUACAAAAGGAGGAAGAGGAAACCAACCAAGAGGCCACGGUCAAUACCACCCAAAUCGCGGGAGAUGAUUGGAGAACCCCGAUCAUAAGGUUCUUACAAGACGGCGUGGUGCCAGAAGAUGCCAAGGAAGCAUUGACCUUGAGGCAGAAGGCGGCCCGAUGCACAAUAAUUGGCCAUGACUUAUACCGGCGAUCAUACUCCGGAGCAUAUCUCAAAUGCAUUAGAAACGACGAGGCACGCAACAUGGUGCAAGAGCUGCAUGAAGGGAUGUGCGCGAUGCAUGCCGGUGCGCGCAGUAUGGAGCGCACCAUACUGUUACACGGGUACUAUUGGCCGCGUGUGAAAAAGGACACAAAGAAGUACGUUGACGAAUGCAACAAGUGUCAAUUACAUGCGCGCCAGCACCAUCUCCCAUCGACCGAGUUCCAAGGCAACCUGAGCGCCUGGCCCUUCGCACAAUGGGGAGUAGACCUUCUGGGCCCAUUCCCAACAGCAAAAGGGAAGCGCAAGUACAUAAUCGUGGCGGUGGACUACUUUACCAAGUGGAUCGAGGCGGAGGCGCUGGCUUCUAUAACGGCGCACCAGGUAACCCGCUUCUUAAAAAGUAAUAUCCUGGCGCGCUACGGAGUCCCGAAUGCGUUCAUCUUCGAUCACGGCAAACAGUUUGACUGCGCGGAAGUCAUAGACUUUUGCGACCAAGUGGGUACCAUCGCGAGGUUCGCAUCGGUAGCCUACCCCCAAGCCAACGGCCAAGCGGAGGCAGCCAACAAAUCCAUCUUGCACGGCCUCCACACGAGAUUAGACGACGCCAAGGGAAACUGGGCGGAUGAGCUUAACACGGUGCUAUGGGCGCAUCGCACCACCUACAAAGUGGCAACAGGCGAAACCCCCUUCGCGCUCACCUAUGGCACAGACGCGGUUAUACCCAUAGAGGUGACGUUCCCAACCUACCGAGUCAUGGCGUACAACGAGUCAGAUAACGACGAGGCACGCCUGCUGGACCUAGAGCUAGCACAAGAACGACGAGAGUUGGCAGCCAUCAAACUAGCCGCGACGAAAGCGCAAGUGGCCAAGUACUACAACGCGAAACUUGUCCCGCACAAAUUGUUUCUCGGGGAUCAAGUGCUACGCAGGAACUUCCGCCCCGACCCCAAACAUGGCAAGCUCGCUUCAACAUGGGAGGGCCCGUACCUGAUCCGAGAGGUUGUCGGCGCCAAUACCUUCAAGCUCAGCGAAUUGGGGGGCAACAAAAUUCCAAGGACAUGGAACGCGCAGAAUCUCAGGAAAUAUCAUUGCUCAAGUUAAUGUAACAUUCGUGUGUGGCCACAGGAAAUCAGCAAUGAUAUUGACCUCCCAAUUACUCGCGCUUUCACAGUUCGAAAGAACAACAAAUAGCGAUAACUACAAGUUAUUCGCGUCCUCCUUAGUUCGAAAGAACAAAAAAUAGCAAUAACUACGAGUUAUUCGCGCCUCCACGAGUUCGAAAGAACAAAAAAUAGCAAUGACU